UCAGAAACCACCAACCAACCGCGCUGGUUUAUGUCUCGACUUUGUUUGACAGUUUAGGAGUCCAGCAAGCCGGCGUACUCGUGUAAAGGUGGAGCGUCUUAGCUGAUAAUAAUAUAUUAUCUCUGGACAUAGCUGGACCAGCAUGGCGUCUCAGUCGGACGAUCAGGACCAGAAUCGGCGCUUCUGUGUGUUGUCAUGGGAGCAGGUGCAGCGGUUGGACUCGAUCCUCCGGGAGAGCGUGCCUAUCCACGGCCGGGGAAACUUCCCCACGCUGUCCAUCUCCCUGCGCCAGAUAGUGCAGGUGGUAAGGGCCAGGCUAGAAGAGCGAGGUGUGGCAGUCCGUGACGUGAAGCUUAAUGGUUCAGCAGCGAGUCAUGUGCUCCACCAGGACACAGGCUUAGGCUAUAAAGACCUGGACCUGAUAUUUGGCCUUAGUCUCAGCGAUGACAGAAUUUUUGGUGUGGUAAAGGAUGUGGUGCUUGCCAGCCUCCUGGAUUUUUUGCCGUCUGGAGUUAACCUGGAGCGUCUUAGCCCCCUUGCCCUCAAAGAGGCAUACGUGCAGAAGCUGGUAAAGGUGCGCACUGAAACAGACUGCUGGAGUCUCAUCUCUUUGUCUAACAACACAGGAAAGAACGUAGAGCUGAAAUUUGUUGACACGCUACGCCGCCAGUUUGAGUUCAGCGUGGACUCUUUUCAGAUCUGUCUUGACUCUUUGCUGCUGUUUGACCGUUGCUCUCAGACACCCAUGUCACAGAGUUUUCAUCCCACCGUGCUUGGCGAAAGCAUGUACGGUGACUUUGAGGAGGCACUUGAACACCUUCGCUCCAAGACUAUCGCCACACGCAGCCCUGAGGAAAUCCGCGGCGGUGGAUUGCUCAAAUACUGCCACCUGCUGGUGCGUAGGUUUCGGCCAGUAUCAAAAAAUCACAUGAAAACUCUUCAGCGCUACAUGUGCUCUCGCUUUUUUAUCGACUUCCCAAUAGUCUCAGAGCAGCGCCGGAAACUUGAGGCCUACCUGCAGAACCACUUUGUUGGCAUGGAGCACAAGCGUUAUGAGUACCUGGUGACACUGUGGCACGUUGUGCAUGAGAGCACCGUGUGCCUGAUGGGCCAUGAGCGCCGCCAGACCCUGGCACUUAUUUCAGCACUGGCGCUGCGUACACUGGCUGAACAGAACGCCAUCCAUAACGUUACCUGCUACUACCAGCCAGCGCCAUAUGUGCACGAUGGGAACUUUAGCAACUACUACGUGGCACAUGUGAACCCAACUGUACAUGUUUAUCAUACAUGGCUUCCAUGCAGCUAGAUAUAGUCAAAGAUGAAAACAUUCUGAAAAUUUCAAGAGCAGAGCAGAACACUUUUCAAAUAAAAUAAGGGAAGAGAA